AAUAAUUUUAUUAAAUGUCAAUUGAGAAAUGUCAUUUUCGGAAAAUUGCAUCUUGUGGUUUGUGUGAUGCUGUAUUAUAAUUUGUAGCCGAGGUUAUGAACAUUCUACGUUAUUACAAAUAGAAUUGUUAAAGUUAUGACUAAAGUCAUAUGAGUUUUAAACAAAACAAUUGGACAAAGCAAGAUAUAUUGAACACAAGCAAACGGAUAUAAAUCUGCGACAUUCGAAAAAAUGUAUUCAAGACUUUGUUUACGUCCUGGAAAACGCUACCAACUAUCAACACACAGAACAUAUAGCAAUGGCAUUCUUAAAAAGAAAGAAACUGUAUCUAAAAACAUUCAGCCUGGCAAGGUGGUCCAUGGAUUUGCCUGCUCCGAAGUGGAACAUAUUAAAGAGUAUAACAUGACAGUUUAUUUCCUUACACAUGAGAAGACUAAAACUGAGUACUUACAUUUAGAGAGAGAUGAUUCCAACAAUGUCUUUUCUGUUGGAUUUCGUACACCCUUGGACUCUAUGGGUACACCACACAUUUUAGAGCAUACUGUAUUGUGUGGAUCAGAAAAAUACCCAGUCAGAGAUCCCUUUUUCAAAAUGCUGAAUCGCUCACUAGCUACUUUCAUGAAUGCCUUGACGGGUCCAGAUUAUACUUUCUACCCAUUUUCUUCACAGAAUGAAGUUGAUUACCGUAACCUACAGAAAGUGUAUCUAGACGCUGUCUUCAAACCUAAUUUGUCUAGAUUAGAUUUUCUUCAAGAAGGCUGGAGGCUGGAACACACUAAAAUAGAUGACAAAAAUUCUGAUUUAGUGUUCAAAGGUGUGGUUUACAAUGAAAUGAAGGGUGCAUUUUCUGAGACAAGUUCUCUCUUUGGCCAAAAGUUCAUCAACACAAUUUUGCCUCAAGGAACAUAUGGGUAUGUUUCUGGAGGUGAUCCAUUGCACAUUCCAAAUCUAACACAUGAACAUCUGAAGAAGUUCCAUUCCACUUAUUAUCAUCCAAGCAAUUCCAGAAUAUAUUCUUACGGAAAUUUCCCUUUAGAAGCCAAUUUAAAAUUUGUCAAUGAAGCAUAUUUGAGCAAAUAUGAAUUCUUAAACCCCAAAGACACAAUAGUUAAGGCACAAGAUAGAUGGAAGACUCCACAAAGGUCUGAAAUCACUUGUAGAGUUGACCAAUAUGGUGGUCCAAUUGAUAAACAGAAUCAAAUUGCCAUUGGGUAUGUGAUGUCUGACAUAACCAACAUUUAUGAGACUUUUAUGAUGCUUGCAUUAGCUGAAUUGAGAUUAAUUGGGUCCAAAAAUUCCGCAUUCUACAAAAGUCUUAUUGAAAAAAAUAUAUGAGGUUAUAACUCAUUAACAGGCUAUGAUAAUCAAAUAAGGGAUACAUUAUUUGUAAUAGGAUUGAAAGAUGUUGAAACAUCAAAGUUUGAGAUUGUUGAGAAGAUAACCAAUCAAACUUUGGAAGAAAUUUUCGAAAAAGGAUUUGAGAAAGAACACAUUGAGAGUGUUUUACAUGGAUUUGAGUUAUCUAUUAAACACCAGUCCCCCAAGUUUGGAUUGAAUUUACUUUUUAAUCUUAUGCCUUUGUGGAAUCAUAAUGGACCAAUUUUAAAUGCUCUCAAGGUUAAUCAAUUACUGGAACAGCUAAAGACAAAUUUGAUGAAACCAGAAUAUGUUAGAGAAGUUAUAGAGAAAUACUUCAUGAAAAACAAUCAUAAACUGAUUAUGACCAUGCGUCCAGACCCUAAAUUUGAUGAUGUUUUCAAUGAAGAAGAGGCAAACUUGUUAAAAAACAAAGUUAGUUCUCUUACACCAAAGCAAAGAGAAGACAUAUAUCGGGAAGGUCUGGAAUUGUCCAAAGCUCAGAAAGAGGUACAGAAUUUAGAUGUGUUGCCAUGUUUAAAAAUUGAAGAGGUUACCUUGAACAAAACUGCCCCUCCUCUAAAACAUACAGUUGUAGAUACAAUACCUUUACAAUUAUGUGAAGCUAACACAAAUGGAGUAACUUAUUUCAAAGGAGUUAUUGGAUCAGACUGUUUAAAUGAAAAACACAGGCAGCUUUUGCCGUUUUUCAAUUAUGUACUUGACAAAUUUGACACAAAAUCUCAUAAUUAUAGGGACUUUGACAAAUACAUAAGUAAAUCUACAUCUGGAUUGAGUGUCAUCACUCAUAUCACAGAGCAUAUUGACCAGCAAGGGCAAUAUGAACAGGGGGUGCUUGUCAGCAGCCAUUGCUUAGAUGAAAACCUGUCCAAAAUGCUUGACAUCUGGUCUGAGAUAUUUAGUAAACCCAACUUUGAAAACUCUGAAAGAAUGACCAUGCUAUUAAACAAUUAUUGUUCAUCCCUCACCAAUGGAGUAAUUAGUAGUGGACACACUUAUGCUAUGCAGGCAGCUAGAUCUUUAAUCUGUUCAGUAGAUGAAUGCAGAGAGAACUUAGUAGGAUUACAUCAUGUUAUGAACAUGCAGGAAAUUCAAAAUGCCUACAAAAUUGAAGAUAUACAGACAACAGUAGAUGCAAUUGCUCAGCAGGUCUUAAAGGGUAAUAACAUCAGAGCUACAUUCCACUACUGUAACACAAACAAGGAUAUUCAUGAAUCAGUGGAGAAGUUCUGCAAAGAAUUGUGCAAGGAUGAUGAACACAAGGAACUGAAUAGGAUCAACUGGACAGAGUGCAAAAAUAUGCCUAAAGAAAAUCGUGGAUUGCACAUUGCCAUGAAUAUUCCAGUACAUUUCUGCUCCAAGGUUGUUCCUACAGUGGCAUAUACACACCCGGAUUACGCAAAAUUACGUGUAUUAUCAAGAUUCCUAUCAUCAAAGUACCUUCAUCCAAUUGUUCGGGAACAGAACGGCGCUUACGGCGGCGGCGCUACGCUAUCCCUCGACGGAACUUUCAACUAUUAUUCGUACCGCGAUCCUAAUUCCAGAGUAACACUGGAUGUCUUCGACCAAACAGCUGACUGGCUGUCUAAGAACACCAACCUAGUUGAUGACCAAAAUAUCUUCGAAGCUAAACUUUCGAUUUUGCAACAAAUGGAUCAACCGAUUGCAGAGUAUAUGAAAGGUGUCGACUUAUUCCUUUACGGCUUGUCGUAUGAUAUCUGGAAGACCCAGAGAGAACGAGUGCUUGCUGUAAAAGAUGAUUUAAUCGAAGUAUGUCAGAAGUACUUGACCAAAGAUAAAUGGGCCGGAAAGUGAAUUGGAGACAGCGCGACUCAAAAACUCGAAAGUGGACAGGAAGCUUUGGAAAAGAUCUGUGGACCACAACAGUAACUUUUUAUAUAACACCAAGUUUAAAUGAAAGGCUAAUUAUUAAAGUGUCCUUGAGGGCCUAAAAAUUUAACUUCCAUACCGAAGCUAAAAGAGCUUGAUGAUAAAAAUUGAAAACCAUAUGCCAUUAAAAUUUAUACAAAAUAAAUAACCUAUGAUCGCAAAAAGAUCGUGGGGAUCGCCAAAUGUUAUGUUGAAACCUUACUGACUAGCUAUGGGAUUUCUAAGACUAGAUAUGAUUUUCUAUAUCCUAUUUCGCAGUAACUAGUGAUGAUAUCCUCCGUAAAAUAUUAUUACCUACUGCUACUUUAUAUAAUGAUAACAGAGGAUUUUUUUAAUAUUCUACUAGAAUAUGUAGUUAUGUAUUCCAAUUUUACUUAUCUAAUACGUUAUGCAGGUAUCCUAAAUGUGUAACAGUGUACUUAGAUAACCAUCAAAAUCCUGUCCAUAGGGUGUGUUAAUUAUGUUAGCUGAACCCUACAAAAUGUAUUUAAUUAAGAAGACAGAUAUUGAAAAAGAUUGUUUUUAUAUUGGAAGUGAAAUAAUAAACCGUAAAAUAUAUUGUCGGCAUCUUUUUAGCUUUUAUUAACGCUUUAGUAAUGUUGAGACUGGUCAAUAAAUAUUUUUAGUUGC